UCUCUCUCUCUCUCUCUCGCUCUCUCCUUCCUCCAUCGCAUUUUGUUUUAUUUCCCCCUUCCUCCCCACCUCCUCUCGCAAGACGAGGGUUGCAGCCCGCGGUGCGCGCCUCCCCGAGCCGCCAGGAAGAUGAACAAGCUCUACAUCGGCAACCUCGGCGAGAACGUCAGCCCUCUCGACCUGGAAAGUCUCUUUAAGGACUCCAAGAUACCCUUCUCGGGCCAGUUCCUGGUGAAGACGGGGUACGCCUUCGUGGACUGCCCCGACGAGAGCUGGGCCAUGAAGGCCAUCGAGGCACUUUCAGGUAAAGUGGAGCUGCACGGGAAACUCAUAGAAGUUGAACAUUCGGUCCCGAAAAGACAAAGGAGUCGGAAGCUUCAGAUCAGGAAUAUCCCGCCUCACUUGCAGUGGGAGGUGCUGGAUAGUUUGUUAGCUCAGUAUGGAACAGUGGAGAACUGUGAGCAAGUGAACACUGACACGGAGACUGCAGUUGUAAAUGUAACAUAUGGCAAUAAGGACCAGGCCAGACAAGCAAUAGAAAAACUGAACGGGUUUCAGCUUGAAAACUAUUCCUUGAAAGUUGCCUACAUCCCUGACGAGAUGGCAGCCCAGCAGCCUCCGCAGCAGCACCCCCAGGGCAGGCGCGGGUUCGGCCAGAGGGGUCCCCCCAGGCAAGGCUCCCCCGGCGCGACCACGCGGCAGAAGCCGCAGUCGGACGUUCCUCUGAGGAUGCUGGUGCCCACACAGUUCGUGGGAGCCAUCAUUGGCAAGGAGGGAGCAACAAUCAGAAACAUCACCAAGCAGACGCAGUCCAAAAUUGAUAUUCAUCGUAAAGAGAAUGCAGGUGCUGCUGAGAAACCAAUUACCAUCCACUCAACUCCUGAAGGCUGCUCAACAGCUUGUAAAAUUAUUAUGGAGAUCAUGCAAAAGGAAGCUCAAGAUACUAAAUUUACAGAAGAAAUUCCCUUGAAGAUACUGGCACACAACAACUUUGUCGGCCGACUUAUUGGCAAGGAAGGAAGAAACCUGAAGAAAAUUGAGCAGGACACAGAUACUAAAAUCACGAUAUCCCCAUUGCAGGACUUGACACUCUAUAAUCCGGAAAGGACCAUUACAGUUAAAGGCAGUAUUGAAACUUGUGCCAAGGCUGAGGAAGAAAUUAUGAAGAAAAUCAGGGAGUCCUAUGAAAAUGAUAUUGCUGCUAUGAAUCUUCAAGCACAUUUAAUUCCUGGAUUAAAUCUGAAUGCCUUGGGUCUGUUCCCACCUUCUUCUUCAGGAAUACCACCUCCUGCAGUGAGUGUUGCCUCUGCUGCUGCUGCUGCUUCAUAUCCACCAUUUGGGCAACAGCCCGAGUCUGAAACUGUUCAUCUGUUCAUCCCAGCCUUGGCAGUUGGAGCUAUUAUUGGCAAGCAGGGACAGCACAUCAAACAACUCUCUCGUUUUGCAGGCGCAUCUAUUAAGAUUGCCCCUGCUGAAGGACCAGAUGCUAAGCUGAGAAUGGUUAUCAUCACUGGACCUCCAGAAGCUCAGUUCAAGGCUCAAGGGAGAAUCUAUGGAAAACUUAAAGAAGAAAAUUUCUUUGGACCUAAAGAAGAAGUGAAACUUGAGGCUCAUAUAAAAGUGCCAUCCUAUGCUGCUGGUAGAGUUAUUGGUAAAGGAGGCAAAACAGUAAAUGAGCUUCAAAACUUGACAAGUGCAGAAGUUGUAGUCCCUCGUGACCAGACACCUGAUGAAAAUGAUCAGGUGGUUGUGAAAAUAACUGGUCACUUCUAUGCAUGCCAGCUUGCUCAGAGAAAAAUUCAGGAAAUACUGGCUCAGGUAAGAAGGCAGCAGCAACAGCAAAAAACAUUGCAAAGCGGACAGCCUCAGCCAAGACGGAAAUAAAGGUUUAGGAAAUGGCCCAUCAGAGACAGAUGCCAGACCAAAGACAGACUGUGUGACAGAGAGACAGGUGGUGAGCACCUGUUGAAGUUUUAUGCAGAAGAUCCACCAAGCCAAUCACCUGUUCGAGGACCAGGCAACCGUUGAACGCUGUCUCUGAGAAUGUAUUCUUUAGGCUCUCUCAAACUUUUGAAACCCAGCUUUAAAAUAAGGACCCCUUCACUUCCCUUUUGUUCUAUUCUCACAAUUUAACAUAAACUCGUUAGUCUUUUUUAUUGUUCUUAUUAUUCCCCAACAACUUUAGAACUUGGUUUAAUGAAGCUUUCUCUUCUGAGUUCACUGGUUAAAAAAAAAGAAAAGAAAAAACCAACAAAAAAAAAAAGAAAAGGCAUUGCUCUUAUAGGUCCAGUUGUAAAAGAAUAAACACAUUUGGAGGGUGGGAUUGCGGGUGGGCUAGGGUUAGAGCAAGGGUAUUGACAAGAGUUUAAGUGUUAGUCCCAAUGUUGAAACAAGUGGCAUUUUUUAAAAAGAAUUUGGUUGCAUUUUUACAUAACACUGCCAUGAAUAACCUAAGGGAAGUGUUGAAUGGUGUUGGCCAGGGCAUAAAAAGAUAAAUAUGCAUUUUACUAAACUACCUCAGGCAUUUAGUACCUCAAUGAGAAAUUGUUCCUUUUUUGCUUUUUUUUUUUGGUAUUUUGUAUACUUUAUAAAGCUAAUAGUUCUUGAGCAUUUUAUUUUUUUAAAAAAAAUUAAAAUUUGAUCAGCCACCAGCCAGGAGUACUACAGACUUAUCGGGGAAAAAUAUAGUAGAGCACUUCUAGCUGCUGGCUGAUGGGAGUAAGGUGGGUAAAAAAAACACAGCCUCAGAUUUCCUGAGGGCUUCAACACCAUCAUUUGUUUAAAAAAAAUUCAAUGAAUGUUCAAAAGAUAGUGAAUGAUGCCAACAUUCUGAUAGCAGCAAUGCCGUUUAGUUUUCUUUUAAGAUGGGAUGAAAAAGUUUGUGACGGUACUUUUUUGGGAACAGGACAAGGAAGUGAUGGCAAGAGGCUGGGGUUGGGGGAAAAAUUUAGAAGGCUGCAAGAGGCUGAAUUUUUUUUUUGUGCUACUUGAUUGAAUGCAUGAACCCUUUGUGCCUUUGACCAUCACUACCUAAUAAUGCUACAUUUAACCAUUUGCAGCCCAUUUGGACUUUGCCAUUUUGUUCAAAGAGCAAGCUUCAUCUUCAGUUUGAUAGAACACUUGAUCUGCUGUAGCAUUUUUGAGGCCAGGAGGGUCUCUGCUGUCUGCAGAUCACAUCAUACUGCUUUCAGUUACCACGAUGGGGGAAGGUCAAACAGUGUUUGAUCACAUUGAAAGAUAAUGAAAGGCUAAGUUUACAUAUCCAGCCGCUGUUAUGGGCCACACUAAGCCACUUUGAAGGUUUUGAAAAUGAUUACAAGAAAAAAACAAACAAAA